AUGUGGGAUUAUUUGUUAGUACUAUGGGACGAUUUUAUUGAGAAUAAGGACAAUGUAGGAGUGAAGCACGAUAAACGAUUUCAGGAACUUUUUUGGAAAAAUGUAAAGCACGUGUGGGAGAACUUUAGGACAUAUGUGCAGAGUGCGCCAGAUGGAAUAGCAGAUACUUUCUGUGACCCUGGAAUGAAAGAGCAAAGCGGUGGAGAAUGGAACGUAGAAGACAAAGGUAUAUGCGAGAUGGCGCUUAUAGCGUUACGUUUCAAACAUGGAAUGAGUGCAAUGGGGGUCCCUAUGAACCGGGAAUACAAGACAAACGACGAGGAGAAGAUAGACCUCUAUAUGAGAUGCAUCCUGACAAAUAUAUUUAUGAAAAAGAUAAUGGGCAUGAAUUGUUUAAAGCGACCUGGUGGGAAGUUUGCUUUCAAUCUUGUGCAUGGCGAGAUAACGAACGUCCAAGUGCAAUCUGUGGGUAAUGUCGAGUGCGAGUGGAGAGAUGCGGGAGAAGGAGGUAUAAGAGGUAUACGGGCGCAGGAUAGAACUUUAUGGGAUAUAAUGGAAAGGUGGUUUGAUAGGAAUAAAAUGCUGUUAAGGGAUGGGGAUGUGGGGGUAAUAGGGGAUGCUUGUAUAGUAGACAACACAGCAGGGAAGAAAAGGAAGAAGCAAGAGGAGAUGGCGCUGCCAGACUUAAAGAAAAAAGUGCACGAAAACAUGCAGAGUGUAGGGGAGGAUAUGGAAGAGAAAGUAGCAGAAAUAUUGCCCAAGGUAAAACAGUGCGCUGGGAGUGAAUGCAUAAAGAAAUUCUUACAGCAGAAGAAGGCGGCAGAAGAGGCAAAGGGCAAAAAUAAGGGGACCCACGCCCCUUCGAAUGUGGAAACAGGAAAAGAAACCGGACAGACCAGGAAGGAGACCACUGCCGACACCAUCAAAGCCGAAGUCACCGCCGUCAUCUCCCGCAACGGCGACACCGGUGGGAACGCAGGGGACGGGGGCGGCAGGGGGGACGACGUCAACGACGACGAGGGCGAAGCCUAUCGACGUAGGCAAAACGACGACUGGAACAAGUGGAAGGAAGUGUUGGAAGAUUUUAAGACAUAUAUGGAGACUAAUAAAGAGCAUAUGGAUUCGUACGGUGCAAACUGUUAUAAUGUAGGUUGGGAUGAUAUAACAGUAAAGAAAGAGUAUUACAUGGGCCAAAAAGUAGCGGACGUAGUCAGGUGCAGAGUUAUGACGCUUGCAUUGGGAUGGGCAAAUGGGUGGGGCCCGGAUAAUACCAUUGGUAGCAGCGGAAACACGGACGCGCAGGAGAGGCAGAAUAUGCGCAAGUGUGAAGUCGCAAAUAUAUUUGGACACCUACUGCGACAUAAGUAUUGUCCGACACAGCAACACUGGAGAAGAGGUGUAGAGUAUUCUCGCAUAGAAUUCAGGAACAUGAAGAGCGCGGCAGAAGGUGGAAUUGGACACGUCGGAGGUCCUGUUAUCGACGGCAGGUGCACAGCAUGUGGGUACAAGGGCCAUGAGAGGCUAUCGAGAGCAAUAAAUUGGCAGGUAGUAGACUGGUUAUUGCACAACGCGCAUAUAUUGGACGGAAUUGAUAAAAUAGACGGCGGGGAGUACUGUAAUAUGAAGUGGGCGGAUUAUACACCAGGAAAGAGGCAGGAGAACGACAAGAAUGCGGUGGACGACACGAAGAUCCAUAAAAUAAAGCAAGAGCAGGAGACAAUAAGGACCGUAGCAACAAACAAAAUGGACGAAGUGCAGGAAGCAUUAGAAAAGAAGAUUCAGCAAAAGCAGGCUCAGGACAGGACAGGUAAGGAUAAAACCAGUACGAACACUAAGGAUACACAUAGUCCCAAGACGCCCGAGAAGGAAAAGGGCAAGAAGGCAGAAGGGCAGUCUAACGGGAAGAACACAGAGGGGCCGACCGACAACAGGGAUAAGAAGCAGCACGACAAGGCAGAUCAGACACAGACACCGGGAGCAUCGUCACCAUCAGCAGCAGUAGGAAGGGCAGAUCCAUCGGGAGCAGAGAAUGGGGGGUCGCAACCACAGGCACCGGCAUCUCCAGUAUUACCAGCACCACCGUCACCACCUCCUCCGCCUCAACCACCAGCACGUCCAGCAGCAACAGAAAAUGCAGUAGGGACAGAGGGAGCAAAGGGGGAAACAGGACCAACAGAACCCAAGGCAGGAUCCGACGCAAGACCGGCAGUACCAAACGGAGACACCGGCGAAAAAAGUGCAAAAGGUGAGAAUUCCACAGUUCAUACACACGCCGCAGGCACCAGUAACGUACCUCAGGGGCAUGGUGAGGGGUGCCCUGCAGAGGCCACUACUCCAGAGCAUCUCGCAGCCCUGGAAGCCUGCCUCGACAGAGAGCGAACUAAAAAAUCCGGUGACACGGAGAACCUGGACCAGGAUGUACCCACACGGGGUACUUGGGUUAUACAUGGGGGUGUACCUACCAGUGAAGUAUCUACGCGAAUAUCCCCAACUAUUGACCCCACCUCUAUAGUUCCAUCCGGUUCCUCUGGUACCGGUAAGUUCGUAUACCCAGGCAACAGUGUUGUGCACAUCGGUCGGUCCACACAUACACCACCACGAGCACACGGUGCCAGGUUUUUAACACAAAAAAAAGGAAAACAAAAAAAAAAAAACAUUUUAGGAGACAGAGGGAGAGACACCACGGAGAGAGGGACACAGAAACCUAACGACGAAUGA